AUGGCUAUCGUAUCGAGCCUGUUGGCCUUACAGAGGCAAGUGAUCAACGACCCAUGGCAGUUUCUGGGGAUCGCUGCUGCCUUGCUACCAUUCCUCUAUGUCAUCCUGAACGAGUUUAUUCGGGCCUCAGCCCGCGUCAAGGGCAUGAAAGGCCCCCGAGGCCUGCCCUUGAUAGGAAAUUUGGCCCAAAUCCGAGUUAAUGCGGCGGAGCAGUAUCGAAUCUGGUCCAAGCAAUUUGGUGCUGUAUAUCAGAUUCAGCUGGGGAAUAUUCCGGUCGUCGUCGUGAACUCGGCAGCUUCCGCCAAGGUGAUCUUUGGCCAGAAUGCCCAAGCCUUGAGCUCACGACCUGAGUUCUAUACAUUCCACAAGAUUGUUUCAAACACCGCAGGCACCACAAUUGGAACUUCACCUUACAGUGACUCUCUAAAGCGCCGUCGCAAGGGUGCCGCCUCCGCUCUGAAUCGACCCUCGGUCGACUCGUAUGUCUCCCAUCUGGAUGUCGAGUCCAAGACCUUUGUGGAGGAGCUAUUCCGGUACGGCAAGGGUGGGGCGAUGCCUGUCGAUCCGAUGCCUAUGAUCCAGCGCCUAAGCUUGAGUCUAGCCUUAACGCUCAACUGGGGGGUACGGGUUGCAUCACAGGAAUCUGAACUGUUUGAUGAGAUCACCCACGUGGAAGAGGAGAUCAGCAGGUUCCGAAGCACCACGGGAAAUCUGCAGGACUAUAUUCCGCUCCUUCGCUUGGAUCCAUUCAGUAGGAACUCGAAAAAGGCAGCGGAGAUGCGCAUUCGUCGAGAUAGGUACCUGGGUUCCCUCAAUCGAGACCUGGAUGAUCGAAUGGCAAAGGGAAUCCACACGCCAUGCAUCCAGGCCAAUGUGAUCCUGGACAAGGAAGCCAAGUUAAACACCGAAGAACUCACAUCAAUCAGUCUGACCAUGCUCUCUGGAGGUCUGGAUACCGUCACCACUCUUGUCGCAUGGAGUAUUGGUCUGCUCUCCACGCGCCCCGAUGUACAAGACAAGGCCGCCAAAGCCAUUCAGGAGAUGUAUGGUCAGGAUGAGCCCAUGUGCUCGGCCGAUGACGAUCAGAAGUGUGCCUACAUUGCAGCACUAGUCCGGGAGUGUCUCCGAUACUUCACGGUCCUCCGACUGGCUCUACCUCGAACAUCAAUCCGGGAGAUCACCUACCAGGGGACGGUGAUCCCCAAGGGCACCGUGUUCUUCUUGAAUGCAUGGGCAUGUAAUAUGGAUCCGGAUGUGUGGACUGACCCUAAAGAAUUCCGACCGGAGCGAUGGUUGGAGCAACCCGACGCGCCACUAUUUACCUACGGCAUGGGCUAUCGUAUGUGUGCCGGAUCAUUACUGGCCAACCGAGAGCUUUAUCUGGUCUUCAUGCGGACUCUGAACAGCUUUCGGAUUGAACCCCACGAUCACACUGACUGGCACCCCGUCCGUGGGAACUCGGACCCCACCAGUCUAGUAGCCAUCCCACAAAGGUAUAAGGUGAGAUUCGUACCCAAAGACGUAACCGCAUUGGAAAAAGUGGUGGCGCAAUAA